CGUUCUCAGCACAACACGGAGCUAACAAAGCUAGCUGGGACCACCAGCCGUCCACAGACAAAACAACAGAUUUAACCGCAGGAUUUCUCUGCUGACAGUUUAAAAACCCGCCUCGUUCUGACAGGCUCAUGCUCAUGCUGAAGGACAGGCUGCUGUCAUGUUGACCUGGCCGGUUGAAUUUGGAGGCUCUUCCUUCCUCCGGGCUGAUGAUUUCGUUGGGACUCGCUAGUUACGCCUGAGCUCUUUACAGCGCGGCUGCUGCUUCACAGGUUGCCUGUUGUUGGACAAUCUGCUCGCGGAAUGACAAUGCACGGUGUGUCCCAGGACCCCUCACAGGGUGCAGGGGAAGGGGGGGAGCUGGUACACACAUUAUCUAAAGAGACCCCCGGAUCUCCAGAUGCAUCUGAGUUGGGGAGCCCGCGCUGUACUCCAAACUUUGACCUCUUCAACAUGGUUGUGUCCUAUAAGAGAAUGGCUCUGUUUCUAGAACCAGUUGCAGAUGCAGUGGAGCUGGCCCGCUUCCUGCUCGGCUGGAAGAUGCCUGUGUGCUCUCUGCUCGUCUGUGUGUUUCUCAAUGUCUUCUUCUGCACCGUUAAUGAAGUGGGUUGGUUCACAGUGGGUGUGGUGGCUCUGUGUGUGCCAGCUGCCCUGGGUUACCUGCAGGACAGGUGUGGGGGCAGAGCCUCAGAAGCUGAGCUUCAGAAGAGGCAUUACCACGCAGUGCACCGCAGAGACCUGCAGACAGUUCAUCUCACCAAACAGGAGGCCAUGCUGGAAGUCAAAGACCUGUUGAAGCACCUGGACGACAUGCUGUCCUCUGCCUGCCUGUCAGCAGAAGCUAUUUACAAGGUCCUGUACUGGGAUAAUCACAACAAGUCAUCAAGGUUCUAUGGAGGGAUGGUAAUAUUGGUGUGUCUGCUCUACGUGGCUCCUGUGGGAUGGGUGCUCGCUGGGCUCAAUAGCGCCAUCUUCCUGUGGAACAGAGACUUCUGCAGAGUUUUGUUGGACCUUAGGAAGCUGUUCCACAUGGGCCAGUCCCAGGCCUCAGAGGGGGUGAGUGAAGAACAGGACCAGGGCAACUUAUUGGACAGGACCCCCACACCGACUAGCCUGGAGGACCUGUCUCCUGGCAGUGUGGAGGAAGCUGAGGAGGCAGAGCCUGAUGAUGAAUUCAAGGAUGCCAUUGAGGAGCAUUCAAUGUCCCUGCAGGAGGAUGACGACGGGCCUCUCGGACCUCCAGAGUAUGACACCAUCUCUGAAAAUGGACUGUUGAGCCGCAACGAACCAAUACGCAGCAAGGUGUCCAAACUGACGGAGAAACUGCGUAAACGCUACCCCACCACCAGCACAGGCAACUGUUCUAGCUGCAAUGCCGUCUUCUCAGUGCUGAAGAAAAGGAGGAACUGCAGUAACUGUGGCAACAGCUUCUGUUCCCGAUGCUGCUCCUUCAAAGUGCUGAGAUCAUGCAUGGGCGCAACAGCUCCGGAGGCCCAGAGAGAGACUGUGUUUGUUUGUGCUGCCUGUAAUUCCUCUCUCAUCAAGUUACAAUGAGGUGGCAGGCCGGUUUAGUGUCCUAGUGGCCAGCAGGAGGUCAUUCACUGUUCGCCCCCGAGGCCAACUCCAAGUCACUGAAACCCUAACACAUGCCUUGGUUUUCAAGUUAAGCACUUCUGUCUGUCAAGAUACCUCCCGUGUUGAACACCAAGAACCCCCCAUAUCUUUACCAGUUGCAUCCCUCCUCAGCUACUCUCGUUUCUUAUGGGACUUCUACUAUAAUGUGUUAAAUAUUUCCUGUUUCAACUCUCAAUGAAGAACUGGCCCUUAUGAAUCAAUGAGACUUUCUACAGAGCACAAUGGCUCCAAAAUCAAAGGACCUUUUCCCUUUGCUGUGCAGAGGGAGGUGCAAAGCAUGCAGGGUAGAGGCUGGGAUCCGGCUCGUGCUGUCGGGUGAUACAAAUAAGCUUAGGCCGUCAGUGGUUUUGCUCUUGCAUACAUGCUUUCCCUCGCCAUAAAGUCAAUUCCACUUCAAUGUUGUUAUCUUCAGCCCUGUGUAGCAGUUUACCUGUACUGUAUUGCUCAGAGGACUUUCCUGUAUGAACAAGAAUGAGGCCAGCACUGUUUAAACUGCCAUGUUCUUAGAUUGGUGAUAAAUGGGGAUGAUGUGAGCGAAGGCUCGCAAUGUGAAUUUGGUUUGUUCAGAUGAACAAAAUAAUGGAGGCACGACCAAAAGAAGCAGCUCUCCAUUUGGCUUUGAUUGCCACAGUGUGCACAGGUUGGUCAUGUCAUGUGAUUAGCUCUGGCUUUGUCCAAGUCUUUGGGGACAGUGUUUUUGGUUAACUUCUUAUUUUACCAGUCAUGUCUGCUGCCACUACAAUCCACAUGUUCCGCCUGUUGGUAUCCACAUUAUUUAUCAGACCUCGAGUUGAUAAAUAUACAAGCUUUUGUUAAUUUACCUGAAAACUUUGAUUUUAGGUGCAGUUCUGCCACUGAAAAAGUGGAAACCUCACUAACUUGAGGUUUGCUUUUUUUACAUAGUGUUUCCACCAGCUAGAGGAGCUUACAAGACAUGAGGGGAGCAGAUAUGACAUGCCAUUAAACAAUAACUCCAUGGCAGUAAACUGAAAAUGCAUGGCCUGCAGUGAAUCACAUUGCAUUUUUUUUGACAAGUUGCCAGUGAGGUUGUUCUGGAGGGUGGUGAAUCAGGCUUUGUGAACAUUUGGACAGGUUUGUUCAGUGGACCAGCUUGGUGUACAUGUAAUGAUCAAAUUGGCGCUUCAUUUUGGUCGUCAUUUUUCCUGUGUUGAUAUGUCAGAUAAGCUUUUUUGGAGUAAAGCAGCCAAAAAGUCAAGAAAGCUGCUUGAAGUCCCUGGAGCCCCUGCGUUUCCUCUAACUGGAUCAAAGUCGACCCAACUGGAUUGAAGUUGUUCGAAUGGACUGAGCAGCCAGCUGAAAUUGUUAUCAGAGCCUCACACUCUUGAAAGCGGGACUUAAAAGAAUUAAUGUGGAGGCCUUGCAACCCAAAAUGUGGAUUUUGGUGGUAAAAUGAUUUUAAUCAUGAGUCAGACACAGAUGAUUGUAAUUGUUUGCUUUGCUUUUAUUGUAAUCAUGUAUAAACUGUCACUAUAAAUUGUUCUACUAUAUCUAAUAUAUUUAAUUUAAACCUCCAGAAAGUGCAAGUUAUUAUUUGACCUAAUAAUUCAUACUGUAUAUAUUGCCCUUAUUUUAUGGAUGAGAUAUGUUAUUAUUGAAAUAAACUGUGAUGAUUUGAUUAACCUAUAGUCACAAGUGGUAAGUAUGGUCUAGUUGACUUGACUGUACUUUUUUUGGUCCAAAAAUGACUCAUUGGAUUUGAGCAACUUCAAUAUUUUUUUCUUUUUAAACGUGACGCUGCCUGAAUUUGUAACCCCUAAAAAUUAUGUCUGUUUUAAAUUGUUGAGAUUUUAAUUAACUUUUCAGAAAUUUCAAAGAUAAAAAUUCAAAUGACAUAAAUUCAGAUAGAUGGCUUUCACUGUAAGAUAACACAGUACUAAAGACUUCAAGUUUAAAUAUAAGUCUUUAGUUAUUAAAUUUCACAGUGAUGUCUGGUUGGUAAUGAGAGAAACUUUAAAGGCUCCUACAAAUAAUUUAUAUAAUUGAUGUCUCAAAAUGACUGUAAUGUGAAGGGUGUUGCUGGUUGUGGCAAACACACUGAUUGCCACAAAUAUUGUUCGACUGAAAAUAAAAAAAAUA